GCCGCCGCCUCGGCCCCGCCCCGAGCGGCGGCGGCGGCCUGACCCCGGAGCCGUCCCCGGGCCGUCCCCUGACCGGGCGGUGCGGUGCGGUGCGGUGCCGGAGCCGGAGGCGGCGAUAUGGCUGCGCCCUGGGGUCUUCCCGCGCCCCUCAGCCCGGCGCAGCUGAAGCGGCUGGAGCAGCACCGCUACAGCGCGGCCGGCCGCUCGCUGCUGGAGCCUUGGCUGCAGCCCUACUGGGCCUGGCUGGUGGAGCAGCUCCCGCUGUGGCUGGCCCCCAACGCCAUCACCCUCGGCGGCCUCCUGCUCAACUGCCUCACGGCGCUGCCGCUCGUCGCCUCCUGCCCCAGCGCCACCGAGCAGGCACCUUUUUGGGCAUACAUCAUGGGUGCGUUAGGACUUUUUAUCUACCAGUCGCUGGAUGCCAUUGAUGGGAAGCAAGCGAGAAGAACAAACAGUAGUUCUCCUCUAGGAGAACUCUUUGAUCAUGGUUGCGACUCUAUUUCCACAGUUUUUGUUGUCCUUGGAUCCUGCAUAGCAAUCCGACUAGGAACAAAUCCUGACUGGUUGUUUUUCUGUUGUUUUGUGGGACUGUUCAUGUUCUAUUCUGCUCACUGGCAGACAUAUGUAUCAGGCAUAUUAAGGUUUGGAAAAGUUGAUGUAACUGAAGUUCAGAUAGCCAUAACGCUGCUGCUUUUGAUAUCAGCAUUUGGUGGAACAGCAAUAUGGGACUAUAAGGUCCAUUUGGUAGGCUUAGAGCUGAAGUUCUUUGCGGUUUUUGGCAUAUUGUGUGGAACAGCGCUUUCUUUUUUCAAUUACUUCCGUGUCAUCUUCAGUGGAGGGGUUGGAAAGAAUGGAUCUACAAUAGCAGGAACAAGUGUUCUAUCACCAGGCGUCCACAUUGGGCUACUUAUCACACUGGCUGUUGUGAUCUAUAAAAAAUCUGCAACCCAGCUGUUUGAAAAACAUCCUUGCCUGUAUGUUUUGACAUUUGGAUUAGUGAAUGCUAAAAUCUCGCAGAAGUUAGUGGUGGCUCACAUGACAAAAAGCGAGAUCUGUCUUCAAGACACUGCAUUUAUUGGGCCAGGACUUCUGUUUUUGGACCAGUACUUCAACAGUUUCAUUGAUGAAUAUAUUGUUCUAUGGAUAGCAUUGUUCAUAUCCUUGUUUGAUAUGCUGAGAUAUGCCACUGGUGUAUGCCUGCAGAUCGCUGCUCAUCUUCAUAUACAUGUCUUCAGAAUUUCAUCUCAUCAAGCUCCUGAACAGGUACAAGUUGUUUCUCCAUUGAGCCAUCAGAAUAACAUGGACUGAAGAGACUUGCGAACAGUUGCCAUCUCCUGCUGUUGCUGUUACAAGAAAAGGAGAUAAUACUGAACAAAUGCCAAACCAAUGAUUACUUAAUCUAAUUAAAUGAAUGUCAAAUGACUUCUUUACAGAAUGUUCUAUUUUUGUAUUUAACUUAAGUUCUUUGUAAACCUGAUACUUACAGUGUCCAUCAUAAUCUUCUUCUGCAACAUAGCCAUUUCUUUGCGAAGUUCAUUUUGUGCACCAGCUAGAAGAUUUUCAUUGUUUUUCUCUAGUUCUUCCAUGCUCUGCAGUUAAGGAUAAUCUUAAUUUAGAACUGCUUGAUACCUUUGGGUUAAUUUAAAAAACAAUCUAUUUUUCAGACUGCAGUUCAAUUUUUAUAGCAGCAGUGAUAACUACAGAUGACUUUUGUCGUGAACUUUAAAGAGAAAUUAUACAGGACUUUGUGCUCCACUCUACAUUACUGCUUGAAAAAUAUGCACAUGGCAAAGGAAACGGUCCUUUCCACUCAGCAUCUGUGAGGUCCCAGCUACUAUCCUGCAUUUCAAUAAACAUAAGGGUUCUACAAGAAAAAAUUAGACAUGUACCUGUCAGUAAUGAUAGGGGUAUAGAUUAAUAUUAUGACAAUCCUAGAGACUCGACAUAAGGCCUGUAGAAAAUGUUGAAUUUGCUCCUCUUUGCACACUUCAUUCCAAAUAAGCUAAGGUAAAGCUCACUGGUUAUCUUCCCUUUUGCACAUACAGUUACGCCUAACUGAUGUACAUAGCUGCAUUUUCUUUAGCUUGUAUUUAAAGGUAAGCUGAUUUGUGGCUUGAUUAUUUUUUACCUGUUGAUCUUAUCUCAGGAGAAAAUUCAUAGGAAUACAGUUUUUAAUCUUUGAUGAAGACAUUGUUGACAUUUUGAAAUAGUUAUUAAGAUUUCUGUAAUAUCCUCUGCAAAUUUCAACCAUCUUAAACUAAGCAUUGAAAAAUAAGUUUAAAACAGAGUGA